AUUAAACAGUGUCAAAAUAAUACAGCAGCUCCAGUGGCUGUCCAAAACCGCGUAAUACCCUACUACAGAGGCUGAACAGAGCUCCGCGCAGUGGACAAUCAGCAGCAACGCGCGAAAAAAAGAAAAAAGAAAGAAAGAUGCCCGCACUGUACUCGCGAGCCAGCCACGGAGUUGAGCGCGGGGAAAGCGCGCGCUGAUCGGACCUCCAACAAACUGAAAACAGUUCAGUAAACACAAAGAAAACAAGAUGCCGUUUUGCAAGCGCGUCGUCGCGCCCAAGGACGUGUGCAAAAGCGCGCUGAGGAGCGGCGGAGCGCCGUUCACCGACCUGGCGGACGUGUGCGGCUUCAGCCUGUGCUCCAUCCUCAGACAGCUCUCCGAUUUAUGCAGGCAGUCCGUCAGCAUCCUGGAGGAACUCGAAGGAGAGAUCGUCUCCAUUUGCCAUCGCUCGGGAACACUGGAGAACAAAGUUCUCAGCUUGCAAAGACACGUCUCGGUUCUCGCAGCCAGCAAGCCGCCGCUACAAACCACCACCAACUUGGACUCGGAGAGCAAGCGAACGGCCCACUUCCAAUCGUCAUGGCAACAGCAUGUGAAUGUGUUUGGCUCGUGGAGUAGGCCGGAGUGUGUGCAGGAGCUGCACCAAGAGGCUCAGCUCAACCUCCAGAGCCUGCUGCAAGACUUUGAGGAGCAGCUGUAUGAUAACAGGGUAACUGGGCAGACAUUCCGGCACCCUUCCUCUCAGAGCUCAGAGGACACCUCCACUACGCUCAGCCGCUCGCCUUCCUCACUCAACAUCAAGAAACCAGAGUUUGUCUUCCUGCCUGCGAAUAAACAGGUGUGUGAGGAUGAGACCACGUCAUUAGGAAUCCGGGCUCAGGACCCGGCCGCUUGUGGCUCAGACCGCUCCCUCCUGGGCUGGAAUUCUUCAGUGGGGCCCCCAGUUGCUGAAAAACCUCGCUGGCACCUGAGUCGACACUCGUCUGCACACCUCGUCCCCAUUGAUGUCACAGGCCAGAGCUUUGAUAAGCACGCCAGCGAACUCCAGGCCCCCUUUAGAACUGAAAAGGCGGUUAACCCAAAGACCAUCCGCCGCCCAAGGAGUGUGAUCGCAGGCCCUGAUGUCACGCUGCACUGCCAAGGUGAUGGCAAGAUUCUUGCUGUUGAUCUGAUACAAGGUGCCUGUUCUCCUGACUCCUCCCAGCCGAGGUCUCUCGAACCGACCACAGAGAAUACAGGCGAGCAGCACAUACCCUUACGGAAAACCCAGAGUGACAGAGAGCACAGUGUCCCCCCAUCCCCCAAAGCCCCCACAGGCAUGAUGGACCAUGCUACUCUUAUGUGCCCCAGCUCUUCCUGGAAUGGCCCAAAGGGUUCCACAUUUUCUCCCUCCUGGAAUGACUCCUACAACUAUGCCCUGACCCCAAACCCUGUUGCCAAGCAGCCUUUGUCCAAACCUGGAACAUUAGACUCUGGUGGAGGUGGCCUCAUGUGCCCUUCCCAAAGCAGCUCUGCCAUGUCCAUGAGCACUGUAUCACACUCUAGCUCAUUCACUUUCAUCUCAGAACCUUCUGGGCACAGGACGUAUGCAGUCACACAUGAAAAUGCAAUUAAAGGAAAAAGAAAGGAGACCGAGGGUGCAGCAUCCAGCCCAGCUACCGGUAAUGACCUCAACAAGUGUGAGCAAGAGAAGAGAUCAACGCGAGCCAAUGCUUUCAAGUUUCGUGAACGCUCCCUUUCAACACCAACAGAUUCUGGAUCUCUCUGCUCAGCAGACAACAUGUGCUGUCCAGGAGAGACAGUACCAACAGUUAGAGAAGGUGAGAGCUAUGCCUUGCUGUACCCUAGCAACAGCUCUGAGGACAACACCAGCACUGACAAUGUGUCUGUAGCAACAGGGUCUGACUUCUUCCCAGUGAGUAGACUGAGGUCACGAUCACGAAGCAUCUCACUGAAGAAGCCCAAAAAGAAGCCACCACCUCCAGUACGCAGCGUGUCUCUAGUAAAGAACUUGUCAGCAACUGGUGGGAUGGGCCCACACCAUGGUGAAGGACAUAUCAAAGAUGGUAGGCCUAAGAGCCUCUUCAUACCACGAGAUAAUAAUUUCCAGGAUUCAUUCCGGCCCGAGUUUCUUAUGGCAUCUAAACCAGAUGAGGAGGCACACAGCAGUUUGGAGACAGCCUCUGAUACAUCUCAGCCCCUUGACAGAGAAGUUGACCUAGCCUUCCCCCCUCACUGGCAGCUCAGUGAGUGGAAGUCCAACAAUGACCCUUAUCGUUCAUUAUCAGGCUCCAGCACCGCUACAGGUACAACAGUAAUUGAAUGCAUUAAAGUACGUGGAAGCUCAGAAUCCCUGAAUUCACCAUCAACCUCUCGCGCUACUUCCCCUUCCCCACUUUCAAUUGAAGCUGAGACUAAGGUGUCUCCAUUCAAGCCUCCAUGCCUUAUGUCCCCCUCAAGUGGAUACUCUAGUCAGUCUGAGACUCCCACCCCAACUAUUACAAACUCUGUUAUCACUGGACUCACCCCAACAGGGUGCAAGAUGCGCCCAAAGAUCCCAGAGAGGAAGUCAUCACUUCCAGCCACCUCACCAAAAGACAAAUCUCAGUCUCGCCUCUCUUUUGAGUUACCUGUGAAUUCUCCAGUAGACUUGUCGUCUGUCAAACCAAAACCUAAAGCUAGCCGGAGACACUCAGACACAUCUACCACCAGCAAACCAGGAAAAUUAAGUCAGUCAUCACAGCCCAUGGUUACCACAACAGAUCUGCGAAAUAUCAGACUCCGUUCAGUAAGCCGCUCAGAACUUGAGGACAGUCCUGAUGGCUCCUCUGACAUCAUAGAGGAGGAACAAGGACGUGAUAUUAGCCCUCCUACCACCCCAUAUAGCUCUAAACCACCCAAGCCACCAGUUGCAGUAAAGCCACCACUCCCCAAACGACCCAUGAACUUGAUGCUCAAGUCUCCCUCAUCAUCACCCCAUGCUCAGGAAUCUCCACCAGCCUCCCCAAUAGACCGACCAAUGCCUGUAGCCAACAUCUACAUGGUGGUCAGGAAGCCUAAACCUAAGAGGCCAUCCCAAUCAUCAAUCAGUCCAUCUGUAGUUACACCUCAAGAGCAGGUGCCAAGACAUCCACCCCCUCUACCUGAGCUUGACCUAGAACAUGGGAUACCAAUUGAGGAGGAUUUUACCUUUCCUAGCAGUCCAGAGAAAGAGGACAUAGGCAAGACUCUUCGUAGUCAAAGUCCCAUUUCCUGCAUAGCUGAAUUGGACAAGAAGAAAGCCAAGGUACCACCACCAGUACCCAAAAAGCCAAAUGUUCUUCUCUUACCUUCCCCUACUGUCCAGGCACCAAGCAAUGGCACUACAGAAAAGCAAAGCCUCCUACUUGACAGUGGUUCUCAGUCACCACUAGGCCCAUCACCUUUUGAAGUUGAGGAGGCGUCUUAUAAUGAAGAUGACCAAGAAACACCUACUAACCAAGAGAUUCCAGGAAGGUGUGAGACCAAUACACAACAUGAAAAUCAAAGCCACCUCGAAGUUCUUGGAAAUGAAGAAAACCAUGAUAUACCAGAGGAUGGCACCACUAAGGAUAUUGGAUCUAUUCAAGAUAUUGACAUAAAGGAAUUCACUGCAGAUAUAAUGACAGAAGCUCCACUGGAGGAAAACAGCUCUGUCAAGGAUAAGACAGAACUGCAUAUCACUGAAGAAACAGAUGAUGAUGUGCUUGUCCACACACCUACCACCCAUACAACUGAAGACCUUUUCACCAUCAUACACAGAUCGAAGCGGAAAGUCCUUGGCCGUAAGGAGCCAGCUUUUGGCAGUCGUCAGAGCCUUGUGUCACCUGUGAAAAGCAGCAGCAGUGACAUUCGAACACUGACACUGGGCAGCACUCCAAGGUCACACUCUCGGAAUGAGAACUUCAUGGCUCUUCUCCAGAAGAAGGGCACUAAGUCAAGUAGUGGAACGCGGGUCUCUGCCAUGGAACUGCUGAAGAGCACAAACCCUUUGGCUCGCCGUGUCACUGAGUUUUCUCAGUCAGAUCUGGAUGCUGCUGGAACCAACCCAUCAAAAAUGGCUCUACCAGACCAUUGAUUCCACUUGUAGACAACCAAAUGUAAUGGCUGAUUUUCAGUUAGUGCUCCACUGCACAUCUAAAUGGUUUUACUUCCCAGGAUCUUGCACUGUCUGAAGUGAGUUGUUUUGAUCCCUGGGUCUCACCUUUUUGUCAUGUUGCUGUGGAGUGCUGUCCAUAUCAAAGGAAAGGAACCCAGUGUUGAUGUGAGGUUCUGAAAUAGUUGGGUUAGCAUUGUAUUUUACCACUGAGAAUGUGUUAUAUUAACUCCUUGACAAUUUGUCAAUGCCCACCUUUAAAAUGCAGACUUAUUGCAAGUCUAGGCAAGACUAUUAAUAUUUCUGUUGUGAUUAGGAUGGAGUUCACACAACAAUCAUGAUUGUCCUAGUCAGAAAGAGAAAAAUUCUAUAUAGAAAAUGUAAAUCAGAUUCCCUUAAAAAGCACUUACAAAAGUAGUUUGUUUAUUUCCAAAACAAAAAAAAAGAUAUAAAAGGCCCAGUUUAGCCUCCUGGGAUUUAUUUAACCCAGAAUGAAACUAAAUAUACAAUAUUUAAGUAUACGUUUAGAAUUUUUGUGACUUUCUUGAAAACUGCCUAUUUCCAGCAUGUUUACAACAAACCGGGACUAAAGUCACAAUAUGGACAACCUUCAUGCAAUAUACUUCAUCUGAAUCUAAAUGAUAGUUCUUCCCUCACUGCCAGUAGUGGUACACAGUGGGUAUUAGUGUUGUGUAUGUGUAGCACAUACACACAAUGAAAAACCAAAACCACCACAGAGCAGAUUAGGAGAACAGUACCAAAAAAAAAGCAAAGAAAGCAAGAACACAGAAAUGUUCAAUGACUAUAGACAGAAGGAUUCAAAUCCUCCUAAUGGGGUGUUUGAUCCUGGUUGUCUAGUAUGGAAAACCUGUCAAGGGGUUUGUUGUUCUGGCUAACGAAUAAAGAGUCUGCAUGUUUAACAUGCAAGGAACCAAGGAAGGGAGUUGCCAAGGACUACGAAUGGUUAAAAAAAGAGAGCUUCUUAUGGUCACCUCCAUAUCCUUUUGACCAGACCUUUGGGAGAUGUGGUGCUGUAGACUGCUAUAAUCACCACAUACCCAAAUUUAAAGCUGCAGCUAUAAUGUGUUCCUGAACAUUUUAUAUAUGUCCACGUUGUAUUUGUCAUUCACUAUAUGAUCAUUUCAUACUAUGCAUCAAGGCUGGAUGUGCUGCUUCUUUGCCAGUUAAGGCAAAUUAGCAGUGAAAGCCUAUGAAUGUCAGGAAGAAGGAACAAAUUUCAACAGUUUACUUUAGUUAUCUGUGUUUUAUUGGUAUUUUUUUUGUAUAGUCAUCGCCCAUGUCACUGCAGAAAAAGAAAUUUAUUUCUAUGGUAUUAUGCAUAGACAGAGACUAUCACAAGAAACUGAGACCUGUGUAAGUCUCAACAUCAGAUGUUUGGAGACAAAAAGACAGAAUCAUUUGGUGAGCAAAGCAUUUCCCACAAAGACUACUUGUUCCUUCCCAUUCCUUUCAAAUAUUUUCUCCCACAUGUGACUGUGCAUCUCUGGCUCCCAAUCAGAAGAAACCUGGUGCUAUUGAGCCAGAGCACCCUCUGCAGUCCAGGAGGGGAAGCACACCUGGGGAAAAAAAUGUGUUCUGACUCUCCUGAACACUGAGGAUGAAGGUUAAAUAAUUUUUUAAUUAUUAUUAUUAUUAUUAUUAUUAUAUCAGUCCUUCAGGUAUUCUGAUAGCAUCUAAAUAUAACAAAGAAUAUGAAAUAUUACAUUAAAAUAGUGAGUGAAGCUUGUUUUCAGUAUUUAGUGAAUGGAAAAAAAAAAGACAACCAGUGUUUGUUUGCCUUGUACUCUGGCGUCAAGCCUGUGUUUUUAAAUGCCUUGGUAAUGCACUUCUGUAGAAAUAUCCAGAGUUUCUUUUAGUCUUUUUAUGAAUACUACUCUAACGGUCAUCAUUACUCUUGUGUACUCUGUGCUGCAUCAAUUCUUCGUCAAUAAUAGUGUCAAAAUUUCCAGAGGAAGGUGGAGAGGGAGCGAGAAAGUCAAAAUGCUUAGAUAAACAAAGAGUAAAGCAUGUACGGGGAUAAAACAGACUGUUAGAAGCCACGUGUUAAGUCACUGAGAGUUUUCACAGAAAUCUAAACAUGAUGUAGACUGUACAUUCUGCCACACAGACCAGAAUGUGAAUUACAGAUUUCUUUAUGUGACAACCGACAGUGAAAACAUAUUCUUGCUUCUGUAUUCUUCCUCCUUUCUCCCUCCAUCGUAGCCUCUUUCCCAUUAGUCUAAUGACACCCACAGGAGCUCACGUUUGUACACAGAGGAGAAAUGAAUCCCAAAAACACCCCAACAAAGUGAGAGCACAGUAAACAUUGAGAAAUUAAGAGCCUACAGGGUCUAGUUUCCAAAAGCAUUGUGCUUCGGAUCAGCAACUAUUGGACAGAGUGUUUAAAGUGAUGCUCAUGCACUUAAAACAUUUUAGGCAUCAAUCCGUCCCCCUCUAUGCCUAAAAUGUUCCGCACGAUAAAUGACUUUCAGCCAGUGCCAAAUUCAAAAACAUACACUGUAUAUAACAUGUAAUUCUAAGAUACAGCUUUGUCAAAUUUUAUCACAGAGAUGACUAUUACAGAGGAUUAUUAAGGCUAUUGAAGAUCAGCUUAGAGUUUGCUGACUCUCUGAAGAAAAAGCUUUAUUUGCCCCUUGUCCUUGGGACAAAAUCAGUUGGGUGGGAAAGAAAGAAAGUACUGGGAAUUCUAUUUUUGUUAUUUUAUCAUUGGAAAGACGUAUAUAAAAAUUCUGAAUAUUAUGAGCCUCCCUCUCCAGCAGUAAGGAUAUGUAGCUGUGAGCUCUUCAAGCAGCUAUGUCUUGCCUAUGUGCUACAAAAAAGUUACAUAAAUAAAUUAUUUUUCUUGCUUAAACACUCUUUUGGAGUCUUCAUUUUUAGUUAAUGGUAUUUAGAGACAGAAAGACAAUGUACAGGUAUGAUGAUGCAGGUUAUUUAUCAAUUAUUCAAAUAGUUCUGAUAUGUUUUAUUCAAUUUAAGGUUUGUAUUAUAGUAAAAAAAAAAAUUCUGUUACUGAGUUGGACAUGAGUAUCAGAUUAAAACUGUAUUUAGAAUAUUGACU